AUACACUAUAUUGCCAAAAGUAUUAGGAAACCCCUCCAAAUCAUUGGAUUCAGGUGUUCCAAUCACCUCCAUGGUCACAGGUGUAUUAAAUCAUGCAGACUGCUUCUACAAACAUUUGUGAAAGAAUGGUUCGCUCUCAGGAGCUCAGUGAAUUCAAGCAUUGUACCGUGAUAGGUUGCCACCUGUGCAAUACGUCCAUUCGUGAAAUUUUCUUGCUACUAAAUAUUCCACGGUCAGCUGUUAGUGGUAUUAUAACAAAGUGGAAGCAACUGGGAACAACAGCAACUCAGCCAUGUAGACCACAUAAAAUGACAGAGCGGGGUCAGUGCAUGCUGAAGUGCACCAGCUGUGAGCAGAGUCAAUAGAUAAAGACCUCCAAACUACCUGUGGCCUUCAGAUUAGCUCAACAACAAAAACAGUGCAUAGAGAGCUUCAUGAAAUGGGUUUCCAUGGCCGAGCAGCUGCAUCCAAGCCUUACAUCAGCAAGUGCAAUUCAAAGUGUCAGAUGCAGUGGUGUAAACCAUGCCACCACUGGACUCUAG